AUGCUGCUCCGGGACCUGGCGCUGCGCCGCGGCGGCUGCUGGCCCUCCCUGCUGCUGCACUGCGCGCUCCACCCGCUCUGGGGCCUCGUGCAGGUGACACAGGGCGAGCCCCAGAGGUCCUGCUCCAAGGUGACGGACAGCUGCCAACACAUCUGCCAGUGCCGGCCCCCGCCCCUGCUGCCCCCGCCACCCCCGCCCCCACCGCCUCCCAGGCUCCUCUCCGCCCCAGCUCCCAGCUCCACCGCGUGCCCCGCCGAGGAGACCUGGUGGUCCGGGCUGGUGAUCGUCAUCGCCGUGGGCUGUGCCUCCCUGCUGUUCCUCACUGUGCUGGUGGUCAUUUGUUACAAAGCCUUCAAGCGGAAACCCCUGAGGAAGGAGGAGAACGGCACCAGCGUGGCGGAGUACCCCAUGACGCCCUCGCAGAGCAGCAAGGCCGUGGAUGCGAACAGCGCCGUGGUGUGA